AUGGACCAGUAUGGACCAGUCCGGCAGCCAAACUGGGAGCUCUUCACCGGCGUGGCCUUGGGUCCUCCCAGUAUGGACCAGUACAAACCAGUCCAGAGCUCUCCUCACCCGCGUGGCCUUGCGUGCUCCCAGUACGGACCAGUACAGACCAGUAUGGACCGUUGUUUGGGGGGUCCCAAAUUUGGGGAUGAGCCGGGGGGGGCUGGCGAGGGGGGGGACAACGUCCCCUCGGAGCUGCUGGGGGAGCAGGAGAACCUGCGGAUCUUCGAGGUGCUGGGCAGGAAAUGCGUGAGCCUGGUGACCGCCGUGGUCCAGCUGGUGGUGGCUGAGCCCGGGGGGGUCCCCCGGGGGGUGGCCUGCGGGGCUGUGGGCGUCGCCUGCCUGGUGCGGGACAGCCCCCGGCGCUCCUACUUCAUCCGCAUCUUCCGCCUGCCCGCCGGGGAGCUGUGGUGGGAGCAGGAGCUGCAGGGGGGGAUGGGCUACAAGACCCCCACCCCCCUUUUUCCACACCUUCGUCAGCCACGAUGUGACCAUAUAAGGGAAAAUGGGCGUGGCUGUUGCAAAUGGUGGGUGUGGCCAGAGGGGUGGGCGGGGCUGAACUUCGCCUCCGAGGCCGAGGCCGCGACGUUCGAGGGCCGAGUGCAGGAGAGGCUGCGGCGGCGGCAGCAGAGGGGGGAGAAGCAGCCGCUGCCCCCUCCCCCACCCCCCGGCCCCGGAGGUUUUGGGGUCUCUGGGUCACAGGGGGGUUCGGGGCUGGGUCUCACCUUUGUCCCCUCCCCCCCCCCCCCCAGGCACGUCGGUCACAUCGGGUGGGACCCCAGUGGUGGCUUCGAUCUGGCCGCCCUGGACCCCGCCCUGCGCUCGCUCUUCGCCCAGGCCGGGGUCAGCGAGCGCCACUUGGCCGACGCCGAGACCUCGCGGCUGAUCCACGACUUCAUCGAGCGCCGCGGGGGGCUGCAGGCCGUGCGAGAGGAGAUGGGCCGGCAGGGACCGCCCCCUCCCCCCCCCGGGCCGUGGGGGCCCCGCCCCUCCCCCCGCCCCCUCCCCCCCUCCUCCGGCCGCUCCCGCUCGGGGCUCCCGGCCCCUCCCCCACCCCGCGCCGGCCCCGCCUCUCCCCGGCUCCGCCUCCUCCCUGCCGCUCCUCCCCCUCCCCCCCCUCCGCCACCCCCUCCCCCCUCCGGGGGCGCCCCCCCCGCGACCCCCCCGGGCCGGGGGGCGCUGCUGGACCAGAUCCGCCAGGGGGUGACGCUCAACAAGACCCCUGAGACCCCCGAGGUGGGCGCGGGUCCCGGCGCGGGGGGGCUCGUGGGGGCCCUGAUGGACGUGAUGCAGAAACGAAGCCGCGUCAUCCAUUCCUCGGAUGAAGGCACGGCCAGCGAGGAGGAGGAGGAUGAUGAUGAAUGGGAUGAUUGAGACCCCCACCCCCCCCUUCUCUCCGCUUCUAAGGACGCCCCCAGACCCAAAAUGGGUCGCCCCCACCCCAUCUCUGCCCCUCCCCCAGCUCGGGGGGGGAGGGCCCCCGGUUUUUCCUGCCCCUCCCCCCACCUUUUCCAUCCCAUCCGAAUUUCCCGCCCCCUCC